GUCUCUACCAUGGAAGUCUUGAGUCGUUGGUCUACGUUUGACCAGCUAGUCACCGCCGUUAAUACCUGCGUUCUUCCCGCUGGGACCAGUCUGGUGAAUCUAACUGACGGCUGUGUGUGUCUCACAGUUCAAGCUGAAACUCUAUUAGCUCUUAUUACCUUGUGGAAUUUAUACCAAGAUGGGACGCUGGAGAGGCGGCUGUACAUUUUCUUUGUGACUGACGAAGUAAAAGAACGUGCAGGUGGAGAGACAGUUGAAGUGAAUGUGACCAUCGAAGAAGAAGAAUACGACAAAGCCUGUCACGAGUUGAUUAAUGAAGCUCAAGAAGCUGCUGGCAUUGGUGACGGAGAAAGGAUUCGAAGAAACUCUGAUUCAGAUGUGUAUUCCAGAACAAAAGAAGAAGUGCCUCUGUUAAAGCUAAAACACGCUGAGACCAAAUUAAAAUUUCUCAAAGAGAGAAUUGCAGUUAUAGAGAAAGAAAUCAAGCAAUUUUCGCCAGAGAUUCUAGAGGCACGUGGUCCGGAAGAAAGAUUUGCCUUUUAUAAACAGCACGAGAUAUCUGAAGAAACUUCAAGCAUUGGUGAGGGAGAAAGGCUUCGAAGAAACUCUGAUUCAGCUUUAUUUUUUCGACCUAAGGAAGAAACACCAGUGUUGAAGAUAAUGAACGAGAGAAUAGCAGUUCUAGAGAGAAGAAUCGAGCAAUUGCCUCCUGAGAUUCUACAAGCUUGCAGUCCUGAAGAAAAAGCUACUAAAUUUUCGAGACAACAGGAAAGUUGGAAAGGUAAUAAUUAAUAUUUUACAGAACGCGGCGCUAAACGUUGCUGUCAACCUCGACGGAGUGUUUUAUUACGAUACAAGAAUGAAAGAAAAGCAUUAGGCGUAACUUGUGUUUUUAUGACAUUCAAAAGGUCUCGUAGAAUUAAACACCCAACACU